AUGAUAUGCACGGUGGAGCGGAUCGUGGACAAGAGGCGGAACAAGAAGGGGAAGUGGGAGUACCUGAUCAGGUGGAAAGGCUAUGGGAGUAAGGAGGACACCUGGGAGCCGGAGCAUCACCUACUGCACUGUGAGGAGUUCAUCGACCAGUUCAACAGCUUGAGACUGCACUCACACAAGCGGCCCAAAGUCCCCAAAAGCCGCGGGGAGCCCCUCAUCGCCGGACACCCCUCUGCCACAGAAAGCUCCAGAGCUCGGUCCGAGGCCCGCAAGAAGAAAAGGGCGUGCGGCCCGGCUGUUGGAGUUAGAGUGGGAGCUGUUCUUGGGCUCGGCGGGGGUUCGGGACCCACUCAGAAGCAGAGGAAAGUGGGUGUAGGACCGGGGAAACAUGCUUUAGGGGACAGAAUGAGCAAAGCCAUGACGUACAAGGCUCCCCCACCAGGUGGGCCUCACUUUGUUCCUCCACUGAGGGUUCCUCAUAAUGGACUCCAGAACGGAGAGAUGGAUCCUCUUGUGUACAGGACAGCAGCGAGGUCACACAGACUGCCCUCCGACAGAGCGGAGGGAGAACUCGGACACCCGGAUACCACUGGACCGCAGUUUACAGCUGAGCUAGGCUCCCCCCUCGCCAACGGAAAGAUGCAUCUGCACAGCUCAGUAAAGCGAAAGCUGGCCGAGGAGAAAGGCUACGUGUUUGACAAGCGGCUCAGGUACAACGUGCGACAGAACGAGAGCAACUGUCGAUUCCGGGACAUUGUGGUCAGGAAGGAGGAGGGCUUCACGCAUGUCCUGCUGUCCAGCCAGACGACAGACAACAACGCUCUGACACCAGAGAUCAUGAAGGAAGUUUGUCGAGCUCUGGGUAACGCAGCUGCUGAUGACAGUAAGUUAUUGCUGCUCAGCUCGGUGGGGACUGUUUUCUGCAGCGGCCUGGAGCCGUCCUACCUGAUAGGACGUCUGUCCACCGACCGCAGGAAAGAGAGCAGCCGCAUCGCGGACGCCGUACGGGACUUUGUGUUGGCAUUCAUCCACUUCAAGAAACCCAUUGUGGUGGCAAUAAACGGGCCUGCGCUGGGCUUGGGGGCUUCCAUCCUGCCGCUGUGCGACGUGGUGUGGGCCAGCGAGAGAGCCUGGUUCCAGACUCCGUGCGCCGCCCUCCACCUCACCCCCUCCGGAUGCUCCUCCUACACCUUUCCCCAGAUACUUGGCGUAGCUCUGGCCAACGAGAUGCUGUUCUGCGGCAGAAAACUCACAGCGCAAGAGGCUUGCAGUCGAGGUCUCGUGUCACAGGUCUUCUGGCCAACCACGUUCAACCAGGAGGUGAUGCUGCGUGUGAAGGAAAUGGCAUCGUGCAACGCGGUGGUUUUAGAAGAGUCCAAAUGCCUGGUGAGGAGCAUCCUCAUGUCGAUCCUGGAGGAGGUGAAUGAGAAAGAGUGUCAGAUGCUGAAGCAGCUGUGGUGUUCAACCAAAGGACUGGAGGCGCUGUUCAGCUACCUGCAGAACAAGACGUAUGAGAAGUAACCAUCCACGGUGUGGGUCUGAGGCUACCUACAGAGGGGCAUCCAGGGUGACGACGCUGCGAUCUCACACUGCAUUUAGGGCCUUUGUUUCCAUCCAUCAGCAGAGGGGACUCUCUGGAGUUAUGCUUGCUUACAUCUCUAACAACAGAAUCAAUUCCUUCAUGUUUUGUAGAGCAGCUUUUUUUUUUUUUUUUUUUUAUUGGACCCUCAGCUGUCCAGAUGUUUAUUCUCCACAUUUAAGGAGUCAAAGAGCAAAGGGCCAAAUGUGCGUUGUUUAAAAAGCAGGGAGGGUACAGAGUGCGUCUGUACUGAGACUUAAUCAUCAGGAUGCGUGAAAUCAAUGUAUGUCUGAGUGCACAUGAUAAAGCAGUGAUAAUAUAUAUUAAUAUAUAUUUAUUUCAAGCGUGUAAAAAGAGUCGCUUUCUGUACAUAAGAUGCAUUUUUCAGGAUUUUCUUUUUAGUCGCUUAUCGUCGAGUCGAAGUGUCAACCAAAGUUUGUCGUACGGACAGUGUUGCUUGCUCUGUUUUUAACUUGCACAUUCCCUCCUCUCUCUGUAUGGAUUGAAGAAAAACUUGUCAGUGGAUCCAAACGAUUGAAGAUCAUAAAACACUCGUCACACAGUUCAUGCUUCAUACUGUCAAAGUCUUUGUUUUCAUGAUCGAGAUGACUUUGCUCCUGGUAAAUGAUAUCAAGAUUAACCCUGCAUACGUACAAGCAAAAAUCCUCCUCAUACCCGUCACCUAACAUUCAUCUGUCUUCUGUUCUUUUCACCUGGAAAAGGUACAGUUCACCGUUUAUUUAAUGAAGUCUGAUUGAGGUCGAGAUUUCUUUUUCGGAUAAAAAUGC